GGAGGGUUGAACGAAACAUUUAUGAACAAAUGGUCGACACAUUAAAUGCACCAUUAACCUCGUUUGACACAAUUGAAUUGCAUAUCCCAUUCACAUGUCUAUGUCUAUCCAGACACAGUAUUAUUUUAUUAUAAUGUAGUCAAAAUUCAAAACAUUGUUGAAGUGCAUUGGUAUUUUCAAAGAUAUAGCCAGACAUGGUACUAUUUUUAUCAAGUCAAAUUAUUUGAUUAUACGGAAACACCUGUGAAAGGAAGAGACAUUUCAUCGAUCUGAGCAGGACUGAUGGCAUCGAAAACUCACCUCAUCUCCAUAGGACCUUCUCAUUAUUGUGAAAAGGCAAGAUGGGGAUUGGACCGUGCUGGAAUUUUGUAUCAAGAGACAAAGCAUGUUCCUGGAUUUCAUUUAUUAUACACAAGAGGAUUAGGACAGGGAACCAGCUGUCCCAAGCUUGUAGUCAGUGAGGGAAAAAAGCAACCAGUGUUGAAUGAAUCAUCAGACAUCCUGCAGUUUGCUGAUCAGAACAUUAAAUCUGAAGAAGAUUGUUUGUAUCCAUCUGCCCUUAAGCAGUCUGUGCAAGAAUGGGAUGCAAAAUUUAAUCAGAUAGUGGGUCCCCACGUUAGGCGAUGGGGUUAUUAUUAUUUACUGUACGACAAACACAGCUACCAGAUUUUGAGCCAAGGAGCUGCAAGCUGGCAAAGGUGGUUAGCUUGGAUUUUAAUGCCAAUGUUAAGGUCAGGUAUAAAUAAAUCGAUUGGCAGCAAAAGGCCAGGAGCAAAAGAGGCUUCCCUUAAAAAGCUACGCCAGAUAUUUCAAGAGGUGGAUAAUGUUCUUGCAGAUGGUCGGCCUUUCAUCUGUGGUGAACAGUUUACUGCAGCUGACUUGACAUUUGCUGCGCUUUCUGGUCCUGUGAUAUGCCCAGAAGGAUAUGGCACUUAUCGAGUACCGAUAGACGAAUGUCCAAAAGAAAUGGCUGAAGUUAUUCUCUCAUUAAGAGAGACAAUAGCGGGGAAGCAUGUUUUGAAAAUGUAUGAAACUCAGAGAUACAAGAAAGUCCCUAUAAAGGAGCUUGUAAGAUAAUUUCAUGCAUUUCUUCAUUCACUUUAUAUCUUCUAAAAGUUUCUCUUUUUAUUUAUGGAGCACCUUUCGGUGCAAGUACAAGACUAGUCACCAAGGCAUUUGUAUGCUGGGCAAGUUUCAGGAGUAACCAAAAGACAAGGAGUUGCGUUGAAUGUAAUUGGAAACUAUGAUACAUUUCACUUAAACUAACUUGAGAGUUAACUAGCAACCAUAGUCAUUUAUUCUCAACAAAAGUAUAGUAGAGCAUUAUCUUCUUCUAAUUAGUAAUCAUUGUAGUAUUUUAUAAAUAAUAAAAAAACUCUAUUUGCUUGGUUGAA